GGUCUCGUGGAAGCGCGCAGCCAUGUCGGACGCGGUGAUCAGUUUCAUGAAGGACUUCUUGGCCGGCGGCGUGGCCGCCGCCAUCUCCAAGACGGCCGUGGCUCCCAUCGAGAGAGUCAAACUCUUACUGCAGGUCCAGCAUGCCAGCAAGCAGAUCACAGCUGAGAUGCAGUACAAGGGCAUCAUGGACUGUGUGGUUCGGAUCCCAAAGGAACAAGGCUUUCUGUCCUUCUGGAGGGGCAACCUGGCCAACGUCAUCCGGUACUUCCCCACCCAGGCCCUCAACUUCGCCUUCAAAGACAAGUACAAGAAGAUCUUCCUGGGCGGCGUGGACCAGAAGACACAGUUCUGGCGCUACUUCGCCGGCAACCUGGCGUCGGGCGGCGCGGCCGGCGCCACCUCGUUGUGCUUCGUCUACCCCCUGGACUUCGCCAGGACGCGGCUGGCCGCCGAUAUCGGCAAGGGCGCGGCCGAGAGGGAGUUCACCGGCCUGGGGAACUGUAUCACGAAGAUCUUUAAGACGGACGGCCUCAAGGGGCUCUACCAGGGUUUCAACGUGUCCGUGCAGGGCAUCGUCAUCUACAGGGCCGCGUACUUCGGCUGCUUCGACACAGCGAAAGGAAUGCUUCCCGAUCCCAAGAACGCACACAUCGUGGUCAGCUGGAUGAUCGCCCAGACGGUGACGGCCUCGGCCGGCCUGGUGUCGUACCCCUUCGACACCGUCAGACGUCGCAUGAUGAUGCAGUCCGGUCGCAAAGGAGCUGACAUCAUGUACAGCGGCACGAUUGAUUGCUGGAGGAAGAUCCUCAAGGACGAAGGCUCCAAAGCCUUCUUCAAGGGCGCCUGGUCCAACGUGAUCAGAGGAAUGGGCGGAGCCUUCGUGCUGGUGCUGUACGACGAGAUCAAGAAGUACACAUAGGCCAGCCCGCGUCGCCACGGAAACCCUCCGGGAUGCUCGCUAGUCUUAAAUCUGCUCUUAACACGCGUGUGGCAGCCCCGAAAA